AUCAGGUCAGCCAGUCAUAUCUAAAUAAGCCACCGGUUCAUCCACCAACACAGUCUUGACUUCACUCUGAUUGAACAGAAGCCAGCUUGUGUCGAGAAAAACAGCAGAAAGCGGUUCACUAUAGUAGCUUUGGAAAUACCCAACUAGAAAUAUUAGAAAUGGCCACCGAAUUCUCGUCUCGACCCUUAGGGACGACGUUGGUGCUCUUCGAUGUCGACGGCACUCUCACCCCCGCUCGUCGAUCGGCCUCCCCUGAGAUCCUCAAGACUCUGCAAGACUUGCGAAAGAAGGCGGUGAUCGGGUUCGUCGGAGGCUCGGACCUGGUCAAGAUCCGAGAACAACUCGAAGUCACUCCCACGGCUAACGUGUUGGAGAACUUCGAUUAUUGCUUCGCUGAGAACGGAUUGACCGCGUAUCAGUCCGGCAAAGUCUUGGAAAGCCAGAGCUUCAUCAACCAUCUCGGCGAAGACCGGUACAAGAAACUGGUCAACUUUUGUCUAAGAGAGAUCAGCGAAUUAGACAUCCCUAUCAAACGAGGUACUUUUGUCGAGUUCAGGAACGGAAUGAUCAACGUCUCACCUAUCGGACGAAACGCAUCGGUUUCCGAACGAGAUGAAUUUGAGAAGUACGAUAAACAGAGCCAAGUCCGAGCGAAAUUCGUGGAGAAGUUGAAGAAAGAAUUUGCCGAUUACGGGUUGACGUUUUCGAUUGGAGGCCAGAUCUCGUUUGAUGUUUUCCCUAACGGAUGGGAUAAGACAUACGCGUUGAAACAUGUGGAGAAGGCCGGCUUCAAGGAGAUCCAUUUCUUUGGUGAUAAGACUUAUAAGGGAGGCAACGAUCAUGAGAUUUAUGAGGACUCUAGGACCAUCGGCCAUCCGGUCACUUGUCCUGAAGAUACUAUCAAAAUCUUGAAGGAACUUUUUUCCAUUUGAUCGAGGUAUCUUCAACUACGGACGAUCACAGGGUUUUGCUUUUUUGGGUUGCGAUGGACUAUCACAAAAAAAAGAGAGAAGACGGGGUUUUUCAAGAGGAGAAAAAGUUGGACUAGAUAUCCGAUAACGCUGGACAUCGAAGGUAUAUUCUCGUUACAUCAGAAAAAAAUCACGUUGUGGCGUUUCUUGUGUUCUUUGCUCUAGAUAAUCAUAGAAUUUGAGAAACCAUCCUGCGCCAGUUGAGCAGCUUCUAUCUCUUAGACUUGGGACAUCAAACCUAAAGAAGAAUGAAAAAUGAACGCGAGGACUGGAGUUUGUCCGCCUCUGAUCAAAAAAAACUGAGAAUUGGACAAGGUUGGUCGG